AUCUUGAAAUUCUCAUUCUCAUGAAGUUUUUACUAUUAUUUAUUCAAGGCAAUACAAUUUUAGUACUAUGAAGGCAGAAUCUAGCGGUACGAGUGAGCUCGAAAACUUUAGGGAACAAUGGAAAGCUGAAAUUUCAAGGCAACAUAAAAAAGAUUCUCACUCGAAAUCUCCUGCAACUAGCGCGAAUAUAUCCAACGCUUCGGUUGACGUCAAAAAGUCAUUGGAACUUUCGGAGGAAUCUAUUGAAAUUGAAGUGCCGAGUACGUUUGAAUUAACCAAUACUAAUUCAGAUUCAACCGAUCCAGAAACAAUAAGCCAUAAAGCCUUGGAGAUUUAUGUAAAAGCCGUUACAAAGGAAAGAGAAGGAAAUUUAAGCGAAGCUCUUAAAUAUUAUCGUCAAGCCUUGAAACUCGAUCCUACUACAGAGCAUUCCUACAGGAAGCAACUCUAUAAUGUAGUUAACGGUAAAACAAUAGAUCAAGAUUCAGAAUCAUUCAAUUUUUUUACCAAACAUUUGGAAGAGGUGCCACAAUUUCCUUACAUUUUUAUUGGAGAAGAUUAUGAAAAAGGCAAUAAAUCUUUAGAACAACAAAUAAAAGAUGAUAAUAGUAUUUUUAAUUUAAUAAAUAGUUUUCGAGAUUUGCAACUUGAUUUGUUACCAUUGAAGCCCAAUAAAGAAGUUUAUAUUGCCAAACUUCCUAAUGAAUUAAUAGUUUGCAUCCUUCACCAGUUAAUUAUUAGAGGAGAUGUGACCUCACUUGAGAGGUUUGCCUUAACUUGUAAGAAAUUCUUUCUCUUGUCCAGAGAGAUUUCAUUGUGGCGUUAUUUGUGUGAAAAGGCAUAUCGAGAUAAUAGUUUGCCACUUGCUGUUUCUAAUGUUUUAAUCGAAGAGUAUGUUAAAUUAUAUUAUCAUAGUGACUGGAAAAGGAUGUAUAUUGAAAGGCCACGUAUACGACUGGAUGGUGUUUUUAUAUCUACAUGCAAUUAUUUAAGACCUGGUUCAGCAGAAAAUACAUGGAACCAGCCCAUUCAUCUUGUUACAUAUUAUCGAUAUAUUCGUUUUUAUUCUGAUGGCACUUGUGUUGCUUUAUUGACGACAAAUGAACCUAUAAAUGUUGUAAAAAACUUUGGAUGCGAUUAUAAGUCUAAAAGUUUUAUGAACGGUAAAUGGGAAUUAAGUGAUAAUCAUAUUUUAAUGAUUCAAGCGAAAGAUCCUGAUUUACGCAAAUUUACCUUCCAUUUGAUUUUUGAUUUGAAAUCAACUCAUCGAGGAAGACAUAAUAAACUUACAUGGAUUGAAUAUUAUAGUAUAAAUAAUUUCACUGAUGAAAGAACUGAUAUAUCUCUAAAAAAUGAAAAAUCUUAUUUUUUCAGUAAGGUGAAAAGUUAUAUUGUCGUGUGGUAAUUCUGCGCAAAACCGUUCAGAUUCUAUUUUCUGUUUCACCGGUUAAAUAAAUUUUGGCAAUAAGAAAUAC